UUUGUUGACAGCGGAGGCCGCGGCGGGGGGAGCGGGGCCCGAGGAGGCCGCCGAGCCCCUGGCCCGCCCCGGGGAGCGGCGCCGGGACCAGCCGGGACUCCCGCCGCCCCCCAUCCGCCGCGCCGGGCGGGGGCCUGGCGCCAGGUGUCCUGAUGUCCCUGUAAAUUCAUCCUGGAACUUCAUUUGAGGAAAGGAUCUACUGAAUCAAAAGCUUCCUUCUGGCUCUUCCCCUUCCCAUAACUUCCCUCAAGAUGGCAUCCGACAGCCCCGAGUCGCUGAUGACGUUGUGCACAGAUUACUGCCUUCGCAACUUGGAGGGGACUCUCUGCUACCUCCUGGACAACGAGACUCUCCGGCUCCAUCCCGACAUCUUCUUGCCAAGCGAGAUUUGCGACAAACUCGUCAAUGAGUACGUGGAGUUGGUGAAGACGGACAGCAUCUUUGAACCCCAUGAAAGCUUCUUCACCCUGUUCUCAGAUCCCCGGAGCACCAGGCUGGCCCGGAUCCACUUGCGGGAGCAGAUUGUGCAGGACCAGGACCUGGAAGCCAUCAGGAAGCAGGAUCUUGUUGAGCUCUACUUGACUAACUGUGAGAAGCUGACAGCCAAGAGUCUGCAAACCUUGGUGAGCUUCAGCCACACACUUAUCUCCCUCAGCCUCUUUGGCUGCUGCAAUAUCUUCUACGAGGAGGAGAACCCUGGAGGCUGUGAAGAUGACUGUUUGGUGAACCCCACUCGCCAGGUCUUGGUCAAGGACUUUACUUUUGAAGGCUUUAGCCGCUUGCGCUUCCUGAACCUGGGCCGCUUGAUCGAAGGGGUAAAUGUGGAGACGUUGCUUCGGCCUUUGGCCUCCCUCGCAGCUCUCGAUCUCUCUGGGAUCCAGCUGAACGAUGUGGGGUUUCUGACCCAGUGGAAGGACAGUCUGGUUUCCUUAGUGCUUUACAACAUGGACCUUUCAGAGGAGCACAUCCAAGUGAUCGCUCAGCUUCGCAAGCUCAGGCACUUGGAUAUCUCCCGAGACCAUCUGUCCAGUUAUUACAAAUUCAAGCUGACCCGGCGGGUUCUAAACCUGUUUGUGGAAAACUUGGUAAACCUCACUUCGCUCGAUAUCUCAGGGCACACCAUGCUGGAAAACUGCACUAUCCCAAGCAUGGAGGAGAAGAUGGGCCAGACGAGCAUUGAGCCAGCAAAGAGCAGCAUCGCUCCCUUCCGGGGUCUGAAACGACCACUCCAGUUCUUGGGCCUUUUUGAAACAUCUCUCUGCCGCCUGACGCAUAUUCCAGCCUACAAGGUGAGCGGAGACAAGAACGAAGAGCAAGUCCUGAAUGCUAUUGAGGCUUACACUGAACACCGGCCAGAAAUCACUUCCCGGGCCAUCAACCUCCUCUUUGACAUUGCCCGUAUCGAACGCUGCAGCCAGCUGCUGCGAGCCCUCCAGCUGGUGAUCACAGCCCUCAAGUGCCACAAGGAUGACAAAAACAUUCAGGUGACAGGGAGCGCGGCGCUGUUCUACCUGACCAACUCCGAGUACCGCAUGGAGCAGAGCGUGAAACUGCGGCGCCAGGUCAUCCAGGUGGUGCUGAACGGCAUGGAGUCCUACCAGGAGGUCACAGUACAGCGAAACUGCUGCCUGACACUGUGUAACUUCAGCAUUCCUGAGGAGCUGGAGUUCCAGUACCGCCGAGUCAACGAGCUGCUGCUGAACAUCCUCAACCAGAGCCGGCAGGAUGAGUCCAUCCAGCGCAUUGCUGUGCACCUCUGUAACGCUCUGGUCUGCCAGGUGGACAACGAUCAUAAAGAAGCUGUGGGCAAGAUGGGGUUUGUCAUGACAAUGCUGAAGUUGAUUCAGAAGAAGUUGGCUGAUAAAACGUGUGAUCAGGUGAUGGAGUUCUCCUGGAGUGCCCUCUGGAACAUCACUGAUGAGACCCCUGAUAACUGCGAGAUGUUUCUUAACUACAGUGGCAUGAAACUCUUCUUGGAGUGCUUGAAAGAGUUCCCAGAGAAACAGGAGCUGCAUCGCAACAUGCUGGGCCUCCUGGGCAAUGUAGCAGAGGUGAAGGAGCUCCGCCCGCAGCUCAUGACCUCCCAGUUCAUUAGUGUGUUCAGCAAUCUGCUGGAGAGCAAAGCAGAUGGGAUUGAGGUAUCCUACAAUGCCUGUGGUGUGCUCUCCCAUAUCAUGUUCGAUGGUCCAGAGGCUUGGGGUAUAUGUGAGCCCCACCGAGAGGAAGUUGUAAAGAGGAUGUGGGCAGCCAUCCAGAGCUGGGAUAUCAACUCCAGGAGAAAUAUCAACUACAGGUCGUUUGAACCAAUCCUUCGACUUCUUCCACAAGGGAUCUCCCCAGUCAGCCAGCACUGGGCCACCUGGGCACUCUAUAACCUGGUCUCUGUCUACCCUGACAAGUACUGCCCACUGCUGAUCAAAGAAGGUGGGAUCCCCCUUCUGAAGGACAUGAUCAAAAUGGCCUCAGCACGGCAAGAGACCAAGGAAAUGGCCCGGAAAGUUAUAGAGCACUGCAGUAACUUUAAGGAGGAGAACAUGGACACUUCCAGAUAGAGGCCUCAUCUAAAGCCUCUUGCCAGCACUGUAUCCAGCUUCUCUCUGAUUCACUGUAUAUAGGGAGGACUCUUUCUUACCAACUCGCCCGUUGGAAGGAAACUUUAUGUGUGUGUGUGAGACCCUCAGUAGAUGAAGGUGAACAGGGGAGGGGGGAGGGACUUUUUGCACAACAAAAUGCUUUCCUUAAAUUAGUGGACUUUUUUUGUUAUGAAGUUUCAGGUUGAAGUUCUGUGUGUAUGAUUUCUGUAUAAAAAGAAAACAAAAAACAAAGACAAGUACAUUAUGUAUCUUUUAACCUUUUUAUUUUAGACCACACAGAGAGCCUCAAAUGAUCAUGAGCUUGAAGACCUAGUUGUGUGAUCGCUAGUGUGACGUUUUUAUUUCCCACUUUUUAGAAAAUUCCCUUUUGCUGUAUUGCAUGAGGUCCUGUCAUGUCUGCAAGAACACCAGCCCUGAAUCGGUAUUGGCUGCUCAAUGGGGUUACAGGCAGCACCAAGUUAUGUAUUUGGUUAGAGAGGUUGGGGGACACAAUACCAGAGAAUUAGACCAAAAGAAAUGACCUUUUUAGUGAUAUUUGUAAAUGGAGGAAACGGGAAAAAAAGAUCUUUCAAGUCAAUUCACUCCCUUAAGGAUUUUUUUUAUAGAAGACUCACAUUAAUGGAAGCAUUGCUUACUGUAUGUGGGUUGUUCAGAAGUAAAACAUUCCCAUUAAAGUCAAGAGGUCUGUUUUGUCCCCUUUGGCAGCACAGUAGGACCUGCCAGCCCACCCAGCUUCGUAAGGUCAGGGAUGACCAGUAAAUCCAGUUACACAUCCUUGCUAACGCAGAGCUUGUCUUUCUAAGGGAGUCUGUGCAACAAGGAACAAGGUGUGUUCACAAAGGGCUACACAUCUUCAUUCCAGUCCUUCACCACCUUUUUAAUUGUGUUCUAUUUACGGGGAAGGGCUAUAAAUACCAGAGAGCAUAUUUCCCUCUUCAUAAUAAGCUCUACUGGGCCCCAGUCCAGAGUGGCUUCUACCAUUUGUGCAAAUCCCAGUAAUGGCCUGGAGCUGCUCUGCUCUUUUUCAGUCUGCAUCAAUGCAAAGAUGCAAGACCAGGUUGGGUGGGGAUUUGAGCAACCUGGUCUAGUGGGAGGUGUCCCUGCCCAUGGCAGGGGGUUGGAACUCAAUGAUCUUUAAAGUCCCUUCCAACCUGAACCAUUCUAUGAUUUUAUGAAACCGUGCUCAGUGGCAAAGUAAUCUCCCUUUAGAGGAAGCUCACUGCAGCACAAAUGCUGCAACUGGGGGUGCUAAAGUCUGGGGAGUCUCCAGGCACCCUUUGGAGGGUGAUCCCAUAAAAUAGCACCUCUGGUUCCACCCCAACAUCUUCCCCCUCUUCUGGGAAGCAAAAUGUCCUGUUCUUACGUGACUCCCACUAGUACUUACCAGUGCAGUCCCGCUCGCGUCAGCAGCACUGAGAGUCCCACUGAGGUGGUCUUCACCUGUAACUCCAGACCUCUAAGGAGUCAAGAAGCGAAAGGCCAAGGUUUGCCCCAAACCAGGCACUCAACACCACGGCGUGCAGUCCAUCCUUAGAGCCCUCUGCUUGCCACGGUUCUUUCACAGUUCAUAAAUCUGCCCUUCGAAGGGAUUUAGAAAAGAUUUUGUGUCUGGCAGCAGUAAGAGGAGACCAUGGCCAUGGGAGCUGGGACGUUUCAGGCCUCUGAGCACAGUAACCCUCGCUGCUCUCUUCCCUCUAUACGUUGCUCUCAGAUUUGACUCGCUGCUAUGAGGUUCUUCUAAUGCUCAGAGCUAAUGUUGUCGUUGCUGAGCACAUUGUAGACAGAUCCUAGAUACACAAACUGACACUUUAAACGACAGAACACAGCUGCCCUGCAGAGGUUUACUUCUGCCAAUAUGGUGUUACUCGAUGUCUUUUUUUUUUUCUUUUUAACCAUACGUCAUUUGUUUUGAUAUUGUGAGAUCUGUACUUUUUUUCUUUAAGUAUUUUUCAACCUUAUAUAUAUUUUUGUGUCACUUUUGAAUUGUUUUCAUACAGUUUGCAAAACUUGAUGAAUUAUACUUUUUUUUUGCAGUCAUUUGAUUGAAAUGUAUUUUUCUCUCUCUUAUUUCUGUUCCCCAAGAAUUUGUGUCCCUAUGAGCUUUGAGACGGGGAAAGCUUAUUUCAUGAUCUGUUUUCUGUAUAACACAUACUAAUCUUCCCUCUAGAUGCAAAACCUAAGAGAGGCUGCAAAAACUGCCUCGGAGCGUUAGGGGAGUCAGGCUUUGCUCAUUUAAUUCUCCCUUUAGUGCUGCUGUCCUUUUGAAGUUGUUUGGCGUGACAGUGCCACCCACUAGGCUUUCAUCCUUUGUAAUGCCCAUACAGUGAAAGCUCCUACCACUAACAUCUUCAAUCAAAGAGCACUCAAACUUCUGACCGUGUUGGGAAGGUGGGAGCGGAGCAGAAGGGGACAUGUCACAGAUGUGAGAGGUAUCAGAAACCCAUGUUGGAGACCUCUGGAGCUCAGGAGCCCCCGUCUCAGCUAGAGCAGAACCUCAGCCUCGCACUGUCAUCAGAGCCAAACAAUCAGGCUUUACGCUGAGAUUUUGGCACAACUACAUCAAGGUUAAUGGACAACCGAUGGCUUGUUUCUAUCUGCCUCAAGACGCCAAAAUUUUGGGGUUUUCAAACCAGUGCCCCUAUAAAUUCAGCUGUUACUGAGGCCUCCCCUGCUGCAAGCUGGACCAUGGUAUCCUGAACAGCCAAGAUCCAAACCUUUGUUCCACACUGUUAAGAUGAGCUCUGGCCUCACUGCUCACGUACCCUCAUCGAGCUGUGCCUGAACCUGAACCAGAGCAAAAAGAUUUCAAAUUCCCAGCAACAUGUAGAUUACUGGAGUCAGGCCAGCAGCCAGAAAAGCUUAGCUUUCUGAAAUCUGUACCAAUCCCAGGGGGAAGGGGAAACUAACUGCUCUGUUACUGCUGGCUACACAGAAGAUCUUGAGUCAGGCCACCAGAAAGGUAAAUUCCUGAGACAGCAUUUUAAAACAAAGAGCAUCCCUGCCAGAGUAACAUGAGCUUCAGCUACAAGCUUCAAUAUCUUCAAGCCAACAAACUUUGGGAGCUAAAAUAAUAACAUUUCUCUUUCAGUAGGGAGCAAGAGAGAGGAAAGGUGUCCUCCAAGCACCUGAGCGUAAUCCAGGAAUUCCUGUAAUGGGGAGUUUGAAGCUAGUUUGUACCUCAGUUUCCCUAACUGAAACAGCAGGUGGUGUUGCACCCUAGCCAUAAUGCAUGUACCAUGACCCAAAAGCACUUUUUGGAGGCAAAGAGGAGUUAACGAAUCGCUGCUGUAGAUCCAACACUCGGGACAGAAUAGGAUAGUUGUCUGCAGCCACCAGACCAACGUUCUGCAAAGGAGGGGAGGGCAAAGUGGCUGAUUUGUUGUGAAGGUCUAAUGGAAAAGGAGAAGUUGGAUAUCCUGAAAUGCUUGACUGUUACAGAGAAGCCUCUCAGGCCUUCCAGCUUUGCUGGAGCAAAGGAAUGAACCAGGAGACCUCAACUCCACACAGAAUUGUAGAGCUAACAACCAACCCUGCCCAGAAAAUUAGAACAGGGUUCUAUCUGCCAAAUGAAAACCCACCUGGAGAGAAGUUCAUAAUGUGUAAAGAUACGGCAGAGGAGCUCCUAGUGCUCUGUAGCUGUUGUCCCACUCAGAUUCUUAUUUGUAUUUUCACUACUACAUUUCCUUUACUAUUCAGAAGCUUGGCAAGCAGAGCACAAACACAACUCGGUAGCUCUCUGCAGAGACUGGGCCACCAGAGGAACCCUUUACCUUGACUAGAUGUAGUUUCCUUCCCAGCUGAAGGAUGCCUCGUGGUUCAGUGGCCUAAGUCAAUGACCAGCAGACCUCAGCAUGCAGGCUACCAGGUGUCUGCCGUUGUCUCUGCAAUAGAUAAGAGCAAAUUGGUGGGCAACUUCCCACAAGUGCUUCCAUUUUACAAGAUCUGUGGGAGGAAUUGCAUAUAAUGAUUGGCACCUGCUUGUAUGAUGUUUAACACCCAGCAGCACCAGGCUUUCUCGUCUAGACCAAGCCAAGAAAGUUUAGCACUGAUAUUUGUGGCAAUUAGUAACGCUGCAGAUAAUUCAUCUGCCCCAUCUGCGUGAUGGCUGCGAUUAUCCUGCACCUACGUACUGGCUGAAAUGGUAUCUGUUCAGCACUGAAUCCUACCCGGCUCGUCAGCUUGGCUGGGCUUCUGCUGCAGUCACUCUGGUCUCUGCAAAAGAUGAGUGGGAAGAAAAGUCUUGGAGCUGUGAGCCUAUUUCCCUCUCAUCACUUGAAGGCAGCAAUUAAUUACCGGUAGUUCAAGAGCUACAGGGGCAAUGCAUUCAGGUGCUACUCCAUAGAAAAUACAUUUUCUUGAAACCGUUUAAGGAGGAGCCUGCAACAGCUCAGGUGUUGGGGGGUAGCUUGUGCUGGAAAAAGAAGAAAAAAAAAGAGAAUUAAAAGUAGGGAAACAGCUGGUCUCCAUGACAACCAUGUGUAUGAAGCACAGAGGGUAAUGGUCAUCAGGAAUGGAUGAAAAGCAACGUGGGGGCUCAAUGAGAAGACAGCACUUAAAAAGAAAAGGAAUUAGGGAGACUUCCUGCUGAACUGAAGCACUUCUGCUUUAGCAGACGAUAUUUUGAUUUCAUAUAGUUGUCACUGAUCCUCUCUGUAAUUCUUUUCUUGUUUUAAAAAAAGUUUUUAAGCUAACUAAAUAUGUAUUUCCUUGUUUUGCUUAAAGAAAAUAACCUCAGUUAUAAUGAGCAAGCGUCUGCUUUUACUCUGUCCAUUGACCUGCCUGAUGUUGAGAGGCCUGGUUCAAAUGUUUGUACAUGGUGAAACCAAGCAAAAAAAUAAUAAUGCACAACUGUUGCUUCCUUACAAUUCUGAAUGAAUUAACUUUUCUGUUGUAUCCAUUGGAUACCCGCUGUGUAUUAAACCUAGUGCUUAACAAUGUCUUCUUC